GUUAACUGAACAUACUAUUUGAGAAGGGACAAGGGAAGAAACCUCAACUAUUCCCCUUAGUUCAUGUUGUCUCUACAAUUUACAAUUGUAUAUGUAGUGCUACCUGAAUUAAAUUCUGGCAACUAAGCUCAUGCAGUGCUUAAGAUUAAAUGGGAUAUAAUGGAAAUGCAGAUGAGAAGUUCAGGGAUAUUCCUGGGAGUGCCUAUUAUGUGGCUCCGGAGGUGCUGAAGCGGAGAUAUGGAGCCGAUAAUUGCAUAUGGAGUGCUGGAGUUAUACUCUACAUUCUGCUGUCUGGCAUUCCUCCUUUUUGGGCAGCAGGGCAGGUGCGUUCUCUGGCUGGUUAUGUCAAUCAAUUUUGGGGCUGUGAUGGAUGCAAAGACUGGAAGAUCCUCCUGUGAAGCAUAAAUUUCAUUGUAUCCAAGG